GGACGCAGAGGCAGGCAGAUUUCUGUGAGUAGAGGCCAGCCUGGUCUACAAAGUGAGUUCCAGGACAGCCAGAGCUGCAUAGUAAGAUCCUGUCUUGAAAGUAACAAUUACAGAAAAAAAAAAAAUCAAACAAACAAUGCCCCCCUCCCAAAAAUAUUGUGACCAAAAACAAGUUGGUGAAGAAAGGGUUUAUUUCAUUUUACAGCUUGAAGCAUAUUAUCCAGGGAAGUUAGGGCAGGAAGUAGGAAAACUUGCCAAAACACAAACACCCACAAAACACAAACAAUACACAAACAAUUUUGGGUAAUCUAGAUUUUAAAAAGCUAUUAUGAACAAGGAAACACUUUACUCAGUUUGCUCUCUCUCUCUCUCUCUGAAGCUGGGUACUGAACUCAGCAAGCAUUCUACCGCUGGACUAUAGUCCCUGCCCAUAACUCUUUGUUUACUAAGAAAGAUUGAGCAAGAAGGAUUCUGCCAAGGUUUGUUGGAUUUAAAAGUGCUCUUCUCGUUAAUGUUAAAGCCAGGAGAGAGAGCAGCAGGUUCCAUGGAGAGAAGGUCCUAGCAGCCCUACUUCUCUGGAUCUUCAGAGAAGAGAAAGGGCCACGCUGUUUUCCUGGGAGGUGCUGUUCAUGUUUGACUCCUGAGAUCCAUUUUGUAUAUAGUUGCACCAUGAGGCUUGUCACAGUCCUUGUCUUCUGCUCUUUGUUCCUGGGAGUCAGUGGUGAUGGCUGGUAUUCAUUCUUCAGGGAAGCUGUACAAGGGACUUGGGACUUGUGGAGAGCCUAUCGGGACAAGCUAGAAGCCAAUUACCAAGAUUCAGACAGAUACUUCUAUGCUCGUGGGAACUUCGAGGCCCAACAGAGAGGAGCUGGGGGCAUCUGGGCUGCUAAGAUAAUCAGCACCAGCAGGAAAUACUUCCAGGCCCUCCUAAACCGGUACUAUUUUGGAAUCAGGAAUUAUGGAUUGGAAAGCCUGCAGUCUACCCAGAAAGCAGAGGAAUGGGGCCGCAGUGGCAAAAACCCAAAUCACUUCAGACCCAAGGGUCUUCCUGAGAAGUUCUGAGCCUGUUACUGAGGUUGCACUCAGGGACUAGGCUGGGAACCACAUCCCUCUCCCCUUGAUGGGGUGUUCCUGGGCUCAGUGUCCACACGAAGGCCAGAGAAGCUAGAGAUGCCCAGCAAAUACUUUGAAGAUUGAAUUUAUUGAUGGAAACAGAGAACCCUGAGAAAUACUUUCUGGGAAGAAUAACUAUGGUUCACACAGAAGAUAAGCAGAGAAAGCUGUGACCCCCCCCAGGCUGAACCCAUGUGGGCCCCCACACAACCCCACCAGAUCUGCUCUAGCCUUCAGCCACACCAGCUUCUCCUGCCAAGCAAGCUCAAGCUGGCAAAGCAUUAUGCACCAGGCUGGGCUUCUCAGCAAAGUGGGCCUUGCUCCAAGAUGAGCCCUGGGCAGCUGCCCAUCAAUUUCCUCCUUGGCGCUGGUCAGAUGUCUCCUCCCUACCCCAAUACCUUCUGAUCAUAACCAGGCCUCUCUGCUUAUUUUAUUGCUGUUCACAGGCUUUUCUGUAUACUGAUAAAACUCUGUCUUAUCAGUCAUGACCUAUCCACUAUGUGACUUCUUGUCCCCCUACCCCUUUUCAAAGAGAACACCAUUUUGAGAAGGCCUCAUCCUAACCUUAGGAAUCCUAACCUGGAAACUGCACGGGGACCAGGGAUAGAGCUCAGUUGGCGGGUGCUUGCUUAGCAUGCAUAAAUCGCUAGGUGGAUCCCAGAACUGUAAAACCCGGUAACAGUACACACUUACAAUCCAGCACUGGAGAGGUAGAAGUUCAAGACCAGCCCUGGUUAUAUAGCAAGACUGAGGCCAGCCUGGGAUACAUGACACUCUAUGUCUCAAAAAAGUACACACACACACACACCGGCACCUAUCUUAGCUCAAGCUCUAAGUAGUCUUAGCCUAUUUUACCUAAGAAAUGCCUAUCAUAUCAUUAUUUCUUAGUUUGAUUCUCCUUGUCUUUUGAUGUAAAUAAAAGUCCACUUCCUGUUCUAGAAGGGAAUGGAGACACCAGCA